AGCAGGACGAUUCAAUAAAUCGAAGAAGAGAUGGCGAUUGGUAUUUCCUCCGGUAGUCUGAGAUAGAAAGAAAGUUUCUGAUUUCUUCAAUUUUAUUUCUAUUGCUUCGAAAACUUAUUAUUUUUAACAUAUUUAACAACUUCACUUACGGAAUUACAGAAUGUCUAGCCGAGAAGGAGGUAAGAAGAAACCAUUGAAGGCACCGAAGAAGGAUUCUAAAGAGUUAGAUGAUGAAGAUGUAGCUUUCAAGCAAAAACAAAAGGAACAACAAAAGGCAUUGGCGGAAGCAGCUAAGAAGGCUAGCCAAAAGGGUCCUUUAGUUACUGGCGGUAUCAAGAAGUCUGGCAAAAAGUGAUUGAUUCUUAUAAAAGAGCAUUGUUUAAAAAUCUAUCACCAUGAUCACUUUACAAAAUGUGUUCCGAUAAUGUUACAGCUUUGUUAUCGUUCAAUGAUCAACGUGCUGUUCGAAAUAUUUUUACCAUCAUUAUUCGCUCCGUCAGUUAUUUGUAAAUAAAAUUGAUAAUAGAUAAAAAUUCAAUAGAUCAUAAUAUCUCACGGUAUUUAUACUUUAGCAUGGAUUCGAUAGAUGAAGAUUUUAUAUUUCUUAAGUCGAACAAAAGUCACGCUUUGUGUCAUUCUUGUCGAA